CUAGGUUUCACCUUCACUUGGAAGAUUUCCCAUCAAAAUUGACAAACCCUUGGUCCUCUGUUGACCCCGGUACCCCACGCACCUUCAAUCCAUCCACUAUAAAAAAGGAGGAAAGGUGCGCCGCCGCCAGAACCCGCCGGACGACGGCAAGCGAUCCAAUGGCCGAGACAGGCGUUUUCAACGUGACCUUCGAGGACUACGUGAUCACCACCACCGUCACGUCCUCCGGCAGGGCCGUGGAGCGCUGGAUCGCGGAGGUCCUCUCGGUGCACCGCCCCGGCGGCGUCCGCAAUAACCUCAUCCCCGUCGGGCUCGACGUCGAGUGGCGCCCCAGCUACGGCGGCCCGCAUAACAAGGCCGCCACCCUGCAGCUCUGCGUCGACCGCCGCUGCCUCAUCUUCCAGCUCCUCCACGCCGACCACUUCCCCGCCGCGCUGGCCGGGUUCCUCGGCGACCGCGGCAUCCUCUUCUACGGCGUCGGCGUGAGGCAGGACGCGGAGCGGCUCAGGGCCGACCACUGCCUGACGGUGGCCAACGCGGUGGACCUGCGCGGCGGCGUGGCGGAUUGGCUGAACCGCCCGGACCUCCGCCAGGCUUCGCUGGUCGCCAUCGUGGGCGCCGUCAUGGGCGUCGAGCUCGUGAAACCGCACAGGGUGACAAUGAGCCGGUGGGACGCGCGCCGCCUCAGCGACGAGCAGAUCAGCUAUGCCUGCAUCGACGCCUUCGUCUCUUCCGAGGUCGCCCGCAGGAUGCUCAGCUACGCGCAGAGGGUCAUGUUUGUCUCGUGAAGCUGCUGCUCGAGGGCGACCACCGGCCGAGCCGCGAGGUGCCCUGGCCGUCGCGCGACCACCGCGAACUCGCGUUGCUUAGUUCCAGCUUGUUCUAGUAGUUAUUCGCUUCCAGUUUGCAUCAGGAAAAAAGUUUGUCAUGGUGCAUCGAGAUUGUUCUUGCUGCAUUUUAAUU